AACUUGGUUAAAAAAUAUUUUAAUGCUUAACAUAUGAAAAUAAAUGUUAGUGGGCACGUAGGCGUGUUAUUGCUGCUCACUUGUUGCUCUUACACAAUAUCGCAAGAUAACGCCCAAAACAAAAGUUAAGUACUAAUUUAUUCAUUUCUGUUUCUGUUAAUUCGCCGUUUCAGUCAGUGAGCAUAUACCAGACCUAUCUCAGUGAUUCGUUUCUUCAUAGAUCUAGUAUAUGUGCUUCACUUAUUUCUAUAACUAUUUUUAAUAAAUUAAUAAAUAUAAAUUUAUUAAAUAAAAGUAUUAAUAGUGCACAAGUGAUUUGUUUUUAAAAAUUUUUAAAAACUUGAGGAUUAUAUCAGUGACUUUUGUCCAACUGGCUUUGAUUAAUGGAUCCAAUCAUAUUAGAAAAUAACAAUGGACUUGGACAGCAGCAGCAGCAGCAACAGCAGCAGUACGGCGAAGUUAACCAAUUGGGUGGAGUGUUUGUAAACGGGCGACCUUUACCAAACGCCGUAAGACUCCGAAUUGUCGAACUGGCCCAACUGGGGAUCCGACCUUGUGAUAUAUCCCGACAAUUGCGGGUCAGCCACGGGUGCGUCAGUAAAAUCCUGGCCCGCUACCAUGAAACAGGAAGCAUUCUUCCGGGCGCGAUUGGCGGCAGCAAGCCCCGGGUGACGACUCCAAAAGUGGUUCAGUACAUAAAGCAGUUGAAGCUGAAGGAUCCGGGGAUCUUCGCCUGGGAAAUCAGAGACCGGUUGCUGUCUGAUGGAGUCUGUGAUAAGUACAACGUACCAUCGGUCUCCAGUAUCUCCAGAAUACUGAGGAACAAAGUGGGCGCCAACUCUGGCGCUCUUCACCAUCCUCAUCAUCCUCAUCAUCACCACCAUCAUCACAUAUACGCAGCUGCUGGAGCUGCUCUGUGUCCGGUUCCGUAUCCACCGUCGCCUUAUCACCAGCCUCCUUCGGCAGUCACUCAUCAUCAUCACCACCAUCAUCACCAGAGCGAACGAUUAGAUAAAAACUUGACAUUCUCUAUCAAGAAAAUUUUAAAGCAAGAUCUCGUUGGUUUUCAUAAUUCAAAUCAACAUUUUUGAUCAGCGACCAAAAGAAGAUCACUAGCUACGUAUCAAGCCAAUAUAUAUUACACUAUUAUUAUUAAAUCUUAUUUCUUCUUUGUACUUAAAUGAGUUGACGUCGCAGUUAAAAUAAAAAAUUAUGUAAAUAAUCUGUCAAUACACUAGUAGGAGCUUAAAGUAAUUAUAUAAUCAUUUAUUUUAUAUGUUAUUAUUAGUUUCAAGUAUUAUUAAGCUAAUAAAACUAAAAAAGAACGCUCAUUAAAAGCUGUAUAAAUGUACUGAUACUUUGAUUGCUAUUUUUUUGAGUAAAACUUUUCGCAAGCAGUUUUAUUAAUUGCGUGGUAAUUAAGGAUGCCCGUCGUGAUGAAUGGAGAUAUUGUCUUCACAAUAUUACAUUCAGUAAUUAUAAAUCUUCGGAUUUUAUAUGAUAAAUAUUUGUAACAAUGUUAUUUUAUUAAUGUAAUAAUUAAUAUUUAUAUUUAUUCAUUUUUAUUAUUUAAACUUUGUAAGAUGUGUUACUGUAAAAUAGAUUAAUACACAGUGGAAUUCAUUAAA